UUCCUCCCAUAACAAGCAAAGGGAAGGAGGGAUCAGGCAGAGGAAGAGAGCCAUGGCUCGGGUUUUCUCGGCUCUUCGGGUCCUUCUGGGCCUCUUCUUCGCCCUCACCGGGCUGGUCAAGCUCAGCGAUCGGAUUCCGGGGGAUUUCCACCAGCAAAUGAAAUCCCAGUUUGUCCAGUUUGCUGAUGUUUUCCCCUUAAAGGAGUUUGGCUACAAGCCAGAGCCGGACAGGUACCUGGAGACAGUGGGUUGGAUCGAAGCCGUGGCCGGUUUGCUCUUAGCCUUUGGACCGCAAUUGCUGCAGGAAAUCAGUAAUUUCAUCCUCACCAUUGUCAUGAUAGGCGCGAUCUACACUCUCUUGGUCUUGAAGGAACCCAUUGCCAUGUGUGCCCCGGCCACGGUCUGCUUGGGCCUCCUGCUUCUCCUCAACAUCCGGGGAAGGCCCGCCAAGUCGAAAUUUGAAUGAACGAAUGGGGAAAUCAAUAGGGGGAGUGGAUGGAGUUAUUGCAAAGGAUGCCGUUGAAAAUGGCAAGUGUGCUUGCUGUCUGCCCCUUCAUACCUGUCAAUGAGGCACCUUGAGUCGUCUUAAGGCGGCUUUCUGGAUGUGAGACCACCUCGAAUAUGAGUUGGAGCCCAUAGUACCCUGCAAUGUUCCUUGGAGGGAUGCAAAAAUACUUGCCUUUAGAUACCUCUAGGGAGACAUCUUUGCCCCUUUCAGUCCGUUGUAGGCUUUUUAAUUGCAGGAAGCAAACCACAAAUCAAGGUGCAUCACUUGUUAAAACAAAA